GCGGAAUACCUCGCCAAAAACUACCUAACAGCCGAUCCAUCCCCCACCGAACCCCCCAAAAAGAAGCGCAAGAAGAAGCAAGCCUCUACCGCCCCAGAAGGGCUAAUCAUCGCCGACGACGACCCGCCCGACCUGCGCACCUCCUCCGCAGCCGCCCUCGCGAACGACGACGAAGACGGCCCGUCGCUAGUGACAGCCGCCCGCAGCGCCGAGUUCCGCCGCAAGAAGAAGUCUGGAUGGAAGACUGUUAGAACCGCGGGGGAUGGAGAUGCUGAGCAGGCGGCGGCGGAUGCGAUUCUUGCGGAUGCGGUUGCUGAGAAUGCGGCGCGACGGGGGGAGGCGGGCGAUGAUGACGAGGAGGAGAAUGAGGUAGAGGAGGAUGAUGGGGCGGUGAGGAUGGAAUCGGGCGCGCUGGCGGGAUUACAGACAGCGGCGGAUACGGCAGCUAUGGUAGCUGCGCACGAGCGGAAGAAGAAACUCGAGGCGAUGAAGUUCCAGAAUGCGAAUGCGGCUGCGGGGGAGCAGCAGCAGGAGACGAUCUACCGUGACGCGUCAGGACGGAUCAUCAACGUGGCGAUGAAGCGUGCAGAGGUGCGGCGGGCGGAGGAGGAGAAAAGGAUCAAAGAGGAGCAGGCGAAGGAGGCGCUCAUGGGCGAUGUGCAACGACAGCAGCGCGAGGAGAGGCGACAGAAGCUGGAGGAGGCGCGCGCGAUGCCCGUUGCGCGGACGAUCGAGGACGAGACGAUGAAUGAUGAGCUGAGGGAGGUGCAGCGAUGGAAUGAUCCCGCGGCGCAAUUCCUGACCAAAUCGAAGGGCCCGGGUGUGAGUACCUCCGGCCAGCCGCUGUAUAAGGGCUCUUUUCAACCCAAUCGGUAUCAGAUUCGGCCUGGACAUCGAUGGGAUGGCGUGGAUCGGGGUAAUGGGUUUGAGAAGGAGUGGUUUGCGGCGAGGAAUCGGAGGGGGAGGUUGGAAGCGCUGGACUAUCAGUGGCAGAUGGAUGAAUAGGCUGGAUUUGGGUGCUGGACACCGAGAUGUAAUAUUAUGAUCAUUUCUUUCUAUGGACUGGCUUGGAAAACACUGGAUGG